AUGGAGGGCUCCGAAAGCAAUAGCGGAGGAGAUGAGCUUCACCCCCAGCCCCAGCCUAGCGAGGAGGGUGAGAGCGGACCCUCGGCGGGGGAUGAAGGUGACGACAACGCCGAGACACACCCGAUGGCAUCCAACAGCCGAAACUCCAUUCCUGAGGGAAGUCAGGACGUCAGUUCAACCCCGGGGCGGGUGACAGAGGACAACGAGUCCAACUGUGACGACAACUCCUGGGAGAUUCUCCACAGAGAGCCAGAGCCGUUGCCAGCGGAUCCGUUGGUGGAAGAUGGAGACGACCGCUGUGAGCAGGAUCCAGCCCCCGAAUCGCUCAGCGACCACAAGGCUCCGGUGGUUCCACCACGAGAUGAGAUCCAGCUCCAGCAGACCCCGGUGCACCGCUACGUGUCGGUAGAGAAGGAGAAUUACCAGAAUGCCGGCGUCCAUCCGAAGGGAGCAUCGGGAAUGCAAGAGCAGAAACAUUUCAGGAGUCCGCCGAAGGUUCCGGGUUGUGUUGAGAGAGUGGAGAUGACAAACCAGGGGAAGCUCAACCGCGCAGAAUAUUGUAACCCCAAGGAAAGAUCCAAGAUCUGCGUUGUCUUCUACAAACAGCCCGGCCUCUGUGAAGAAUUCGCCAACAUGGAGAAAAGAGACAAAGUGAUCGUGGGCAGAGCCAGGAUCCCCAUUUCUCAUCUGCGAGGAGGACUCAUCUUUUAUAAAUACGCCCUCGUUGACACUUACAGCCGAGAGAGAAAGUGUGAAUUAGAGCACAUUUCUUUAGAGAACAUCGAUGACCCAAAGACCUUCAACUACAGAAACGCUGACUUGUAUCGUGUCGUGAAUAUACCCAAAACGGAGAUCAAAGUGGAUGGAACGUGGACCUUAUUUGAACACAUCGAAUGCACUUUCCCCAGCAGCAGCGGCAGCAGCAGCGGCUGGAAGACCUCAUCCAAAAAGAUGCGUAGGUGCGACAUCCAGAUGGAUUACCUGGAGCACGAUUUCUUCGCUCGCACCACCUCCUGGAAUUCCCUUGAGGAUAUGGAGAGGAAGCUGGAUAGGUACAAGGAGAGCGUCAGCAGCUGUCUCGGGGUCCCUGAGAAACGAGAAAUCUCUGAGCUCUCCUGCCCUUCGGCUACGGAAGCGGUGAAUGAGAAUAUUGGAGCCUUCAUACAAACCAUCAUCAAGCGCCUGAAGAGCGAGGAACAUGAACUUCCUAAGAUCCUGUUUGCCUUGCACACCUCACAUCGCUAUCGCGUCCAGCUCCCACCGGCGUCCAUCGCCAAGGCUGAAAAGUGCUUUCAGGCCAUGGAGUUCUUCGAAGACAAAUACAAAGAACUGAAAGGAAAAAGCAAAUACUUUCCGGCUCUGAAGGAAAUAUGUCUCGAGAACAUCGACGACACCUUGUGGAUCUGGUUGGUCCCACUGCUCUACGCAAUUGGGAAGGUGGAGGACCCCUUUCUCCCUUCUGAACCUCCUCCGCAAGCCUUCAUACAGCUGAGGAGAGACAAAGAGAAGCAAAGGAAAGUCCUGAAGAUGAUAGACACUCACAAGACCUUGAUUGUAAAAUGUCCUCUGCUGGCAAAGAAGGUGCUGGAGAUGGUGGCCAUGAAGAACUUCAACAAGCACCCUUUGCCUGACAUUUGGCUUCCAGUCCAGCUCGUCUUGGAGGCCUUGACUGGGCAGAUCCAGUACAUCAUACGAGCCUCGUUCCAAGUGCCUGAAGACGAUUUGAAUGUGGCUUUGGAAAGCAUCGCCACCAGAAUGGACUCCUGGUUCAAGGACUUGUGCCCGCCGGGGUCUUCAAGGCAACAGCUGAAGCCCACGAAUGAGCACGAGGUCUUGCAGUGUCUGAAUUUGGUGUACAUCUUGCUGGAGAUUUUAUUGAAGGAGCUGAUGAAACCGUUGUCGUUCAGCUCCAUGAUGAUAAUGCUGCGGAUACUCGGGAUUUUUGUCAGCAAAGAGGAUGUACUGCAAGCAAACGAGGAAUUCCAGCUGUUUACUUCAACGAAAAGGGUUCAAGAGUUUUCAGAUUUGGCCACGCCGUGGCUCCAGAAAUACUUUUACAUGGCACCCACGGAUCAGAAAUCCUUCCUGAAAAUCAUUGAGACGUGGCAGCAGCUGCUUUCGGUGAAGAUCCUCUGCAUGGAGUGGACCAAGGAGUGGCGGGUCUUGAUCUACAACAUGUUUGAAAAUUGGCUGAAGAAGGUUGAUGAGAAAUACCUCGUGGGCUUCUACUGCGCUUUCAUGAAGAUGAAGUGCCACGACACAGAGUUGGAGAGCUGCUUUACGAAUCACAUCGUCCAAUGGAUCAAAGCCCUCGACAAAAGCAAGGAAUCCCUCAUAAAAUCCAUGAUACCCAUGUUCCUCAAGACGAGUAAACCAGCUUCUGAGACGGUGCUUUCCGUUCUUGUGGAGAAAAUGUGUUCGGAGAUGAAGAGGCUGAGAAGUGACGACACGAUUGAUGAGAAUGUUGGCCCCAUUCUUGCAAAUCUGCUCAGCGCUCCCAGGGUCUGUGAUCUCAUUUCUGCCGUCCAAGAAGCAAAGCGCAAGUUUCAAGUUCAGCUCAGCAACAACGCAAACAUCCUCCUUGCUCAGCUGUACGCACUCACCAGCUUGGUGGGACAUCGCAUUCUCUUGGGAGACAUUCCCUGCAGUAUCCUCGCCGACAUCUUAAAGCAUAAGGAGAUGUUUAAGAAGAUUCUGUGCACCUGUGAUUCCUCUUUCUCCAAGUGUAUAACAGAAGUGCUAGAGGUCAGGAAGCAGGAGUUUGAGCAACUGGAAGAGCAGAAGCAGCAAAGAUGCUCCUUUCUCCGCCUGUGCCGUGGCAUAGAGGACGUGAUAAAAGUGGAUCGCAGUACCGUGGAGAAAAGCGUCAUGGACAACGAAAGUUUUAAGGAUCAGAUAUCAGUGAAGAAGUUCUUCAUCGAUGGCAAGAGCAAAAUCGCAUUGCACGUCCUUACCGAUUAUAGGAACAUGAUGCAAAAACUUUAUGUUGUGGAGAAAAGCCAAUGUUUCCGUAGGCUGUGGAAGAUGAGAGCAGAGGAAAUCAAACCCACAAUACCUGAAGAUCAAGUUUUCUCCGUAGAAGAUGUUCAAGAAAAAAUUUAUAAGCCAGCCAUCGCUGACUUUCAGAAAAUCUACCUGUCCCUCAAAGACUUCUCCAUCACCCUCGGGACUGUGCAGAGCCAGUUUGAGAAGCUGCUAGGAGAGAAGGAUCGGCUCCUGGAUGAGUUUGAAAUCAUGGAGGACAGCGAAGGGCCAAGGGAUGGAAAAGCUAGCUGGAUUGCAGGUGCGAUGGAGAAGAUUGAAAACUACCUGACCCUCUCGAAAGUGGUGAACACUGCCAAGAUGAUCGAUGCUCUGAGACAGAAGCUUCAGCUGGAGGGAGAUUUCCAGAUUCUCAGCGACCUGACGAAAUACGUACACAAGACGGAAAUCCCCAUAUUUGUGGAGCUGGCCUCGAUUUCUGCAGGUGAAAACGACAUGGAUAUCGACAGAGUGAGGUUCUUCCGUGAUGCCAUGGCUGCUUCUGCCCCCAUCAUAUUAGACCUGGGUCCCACAGCUGGCUUUGACCAGUUCUCUGCAGCUCUGUCUUUCGUCAGAGAAGCCAUCGCAAAAGACAGUAAACUUCCCAAAAAGCUGAAAGAUUCCUGCGACAACGAAGAGUGGAUACAGAUGGUUCACGACUCUCACGGCUCUGUGGAGCGUUCUUCGAUCUCUCAAGCUAGAAGCAUCAACAGAAACGGGAUUUUUAGCAUCUCACCACCUCCAAAAUUUCAGGCUACGCUUGAGGACUGCAUCUCACUGCGAUUGCUGGAUGACAGUGAGGAAAGCACGUCUCCAGCAGACCAGAAGGCCAAGAAAUACAGUUUGUCUCGGCUCACGGAGCUCCAGAACAAGCUUAUGUUGAUUGCCACCAAGGUUGAGCAGGGCAGAGAGGAGGCAAACCGUUUCUUGGAGAUAUUGGAAAAAGUUGAAACAGUAGGAAAGUUGUACCUGGAGCUUCUCAACGUUGGCAACAUCCUCUUCAUCAACUGGAAGGCUGACAUCUACUGCAACCCCGAGCAACAUGUGAAAGUCUACACGGAGUUUGGAAUUGCUGGGAUCCUCGUUCAGAGCACAAGACCCCUUCUGGAAGAGCUGGGCAACCUCUGUAAAGCGAUGGAGCAUUGCCUGACGGAGUGGAAGAAGUACCUGGAGACUCAAAGGGACACCUACUAUCAUCUCAACCUGUUCACUGCGCGCCAGCUCUUCUAUUUAUGCAGCCAACUGGCCAGAGUCCAGAAAGGCAUCGUAGAACCACAGGUGCUCAUCAUGCUUUCCAUCAUCAAGCACGAUAUCAAAGAAGAAGAUAUCAGAAAAGCCCUGGAUGAUGCGCUGAUGACUCCUCUGGAUUCUGUGAAUACGUCGGCAGGAGACGAGGAAUCGGUUACCUGGCAUGACUACAUCAUUCGUUUUCCCCAGUUCAUCAGAAGCUUGGCCGAAUCCGGCUACGAUGAGUCGGUGGCAAAGGCAGCCUUGCAGAGCUGCCUCUCCAACCCACCCAUCACGGAGCAGAUGCUCAUGGAUUUUGCCUUCGAGCAGGGCGACGACAAGGAGUUGGUGGAAGAACUCAGCAGGUUGUACGAGGAGACGAAAGAAACCUUCCUGGAGAAGAGACGGAAAUUUAAAACCACAAACAGAGAUGUUGACCAGAUUUCCUUCAGCACCCUGGCACACGAUGAGUUGGCCGCCUCCUUUGAGAGUUUGCCAUCUCUUUAUGACAAGGUGAAUCUGCUCUGGGAUGCUUACUGUAAGAAAUUCCCUGGCCUGGUGUCCGAUGAAUACAUAGGUUUGGAUGUUCUGGGGGAGAUACUGAAGCACUUGGCCGCUCUAGAAAGCACGCGCAUUGAGAGAAGUUUGCCUGUAGGCUUUGAAGCGGGGAAACCGUUUCUCGUCAUGUGUAAGGAAGAGGAAAUGUUACCGAACAUGUUGUUUGUCUACCGACACACUGAGAGGGCACCUCUCCCGUCGUACGACGAGGUCCUGGUGUGCACGCCCGACACGGAGGAGGAGGAGGUGGAGCUGCUUGUCAGGAGAGCUCUUUCCCCAGGUUCCCAAGACCAAAAGAUCUACUGCUUGCUGGGUGCUGAUAAAUUAGUUUAUAAAGUUUCCAAACAACUCGAGUCCCACUUCUUCCGCCUGGUGCAAUCUUCCAGCAUCCCCAACUACAGAUUCAUCAUCUUCUGCAAUGCCAAAGUUCACAACUCGUAUGUUAUCACGGCCUUUGACGCCUACAAGGUGACUUUCCCGUGCUACUCCAAGACAGAAAUCCAGACCUACCUGAAGAUGCAUCUCACAGUGCCGAGGGGGACAGCGCCCGUCACCCAAGCCUUUGAAGAGCCCUAUCAGCAGAACGUGAAGUUCGUCUCUUCGGAGCGAGCGGGAAUGGGGAAGUCUCUCUUUGUGGACAAUACCAUCAGAAAGGUCCGUGCCCAGCUGGGCGGCACGCUACCGCUUCAUAAAACCAUUAGGCUGAUGGAGUCGGACAUUGAUUUCCAGUUCUUCGUGGAGGAACUCUUCUCCAUCAAGGAAUCCGCAACCGAAAUUCAGCCCAGCAUCUUCCACAUCGAUGUGUCUCCAGUGGUAUCGAAGGGUCUCUACCGGCUGCUGAUUGAUCUGUGCAUCCUGCGGCACAUCCAGAGUCCCGAUGGCUUGGUCUGGAAGUGCAAACCCUCUCAUCUUUACUUGAUUGAGUACCUGGCAAAAGGGAGAGGUGUCACCAGUACGAGGAAGCAAGAGAUGUCCAUUGAAAUGGAAGAAAAAUUCCUGACUCUUUUUCCUACCGUGGAGUGUGUAUCGCCACUGCGGGUGCUCGACUUGCUGGGAGAUCCCAGCUCUGUCCCUCCUGUGGAACUGAGGGAGGAACAGUUUGACCGCAGCAAACUGAAAAGCGAAGCUUUCCAAAGGUCCUACCAAUAUCUCAGCAGAUACAAGCAAAUGGAAAACCUUGACCAUUUCACUUUUGUCUCUAGCCGGAUCGAAGGGACAGAGAAAGAAUGCCUGGAGUGCUUGAUGGGCUUCUGUGGGAGAAGCGACCCCUCCUGGACCGAGCUCUGCAACUUCACACACUUCUUGAACUUCCAGCUAAAAAAGUGUGAGAAAUCGGUCUUCUGCAGUCCAGUGGUGGGAAACGAGUUCUGUGGCUUCAAAACAUUUGUCAUCAAGUUCAUGAUCGCCAUGUCCAAGGACUUCGCCAUGCCUUCCCUCAACUUGUCCGCUGAAAGUGUGCCGAACGAGGAGCGGAAGGAGAUGGACAGUGUUUUGAGAGAAUACGAGCUAAGACGCAAGUGGGAACAAGAGUCUCACCCUUAUAUAGUUUUCCAUGCUGAUGAUCAUUCCAUGGAGUUUUUGGGUUUCCAUAUCAGCCAGAACUUAGAUGCUAUUGAUGCUUAUUCCCAGGCUGUUUUGAAGACGGCAGUUAUGAGCCGGAAUUUAUACACCACCUUGGCGCUCCAAAAUGUUCCUUUCAAUAAGAAAUUUGAAACCUUAUCCAGAACCGAGCAGUUGGAGGCCCUCUGCAGAGUCUUUGGUGUGAAAUGCCAGGAAGAUCCAGAUGUUUCAUACCAGUUGACUCUGGACAACACCAUGAAGAUGUUGGCUAUUCACUUGCGGUUCCAGUGUGGCAUCCCUGUGAUCAUCAUGGGUGAAACGGGUUGCGGGAAGACGAAGCUGGUACAGUUCAUGUGCAACCUGCAAAGGGCGGGUAGGAAAGUUCAGAAUAUGAUAGUGGUGCGUGUUCACGGCGGCACCACCUCCAAGGCCAUCCGGGAGAAGGUAAGGCAGGCCAUAGAGCUGGCACGUACCAAUGAAGAAGAGCACAACAUAGACACAGUGCUCUUCUUUGACGAAGCCAACACCUCCGAGGCCAUCUCUGCGAUCAAAGAAGUGCUGUGCGACCACAGCAUCAACGGACAGCGGAUUUCCACUGACCGCUUAAAAGUGGUGGCGGCUUGCAAUCCUUACAAAAGACACACCAAGGACACCAUUGAGAAACUGGAGAAAGCUGGCUUGGGAUACCGAGUCCGGAGUGAGGACACCCCGGAGAAGCUGGGUUACAUUCCUUUGCGGCAGUUGGUGUAUCGGGUGCAGCCCCUUCCUCCCAGUUUAUUGCCUCUGGUCUGGGAUUUUGGGGACCUGAAUGAGAAGACGCAAAGUCUGUACAUCAGGGAAAUCGUGAAGUCCACCGUGGAGACCAAGAUCCCCGCAGGAAACCUGGACAUCUUCACCAACGUCAUUUCAGCCUCCCAGAAGUUCCUGAGAGAGAGGAAGGACGAAUGCAGAGUCGCCAGCCUCCGGGAUAUAGACCGCUGCAUGAAAAUAGUGCUCUGGUUUUAUGACUUAAGAGACCUGCUUUUCGACGAGAUUGAUAAGAAGAGGCAGCGUGAGGGGAAAGAGGAGCCAACCUUAAACGACGCGCAAAGGGCUUUGGUCCUUUCGGUAGGGGUCUGCUAUUACGUCUCUCUGGACAGCCGCCAAGUGUACCUGGAGGAGAUUGCAAAAUGCUUCUCGGUCCCUGCGUCCCGGCUACAGCAAGAGAUUGAGUUGUGCCAAGAGGUAUUUCUUGAUAACCUCUACAUUCCCAAGGCAACAGCUUGCAACAACGCUCUGAGGGAGAACAUCUUCAUGAUGGUUGUCUGCAUGGACCUCCGGGUGCCACUCUUUUUGGUUGGAAAGCCGGGAAGCUCCAAAUCUCUAUCCAAAACCAUUGCUGUAGAUGCCAUGGAAGGCACGUUGUCCAGAAGCCCGUUGUUCAAAAGAUGCAAGGAGGUCCAGCUGGUCUCCUUCCAGUGCAGCCCCCAUUCAAAACCAGAAGGCAUCAUCUCCACUUUCCGACAAGGCGCUCAGUUCCAGAAAGGCAAGAAUCUGAAUGAGUUUGCGUCCGUGGUCGUGCUGGAUGAGAUCGGUCUUGCAGAAGACUCACCCGAUAUGCCGUUGAAGACGCUGCAUCCUCUUCUGGAAGAUGGAUGCAUUGACGACGAGAAACCGGAGGCUUACAAGAAAGUUGGCUUUGUGGGCAUCUCCAACUGGGCCUUGGACCCUGCCAAAAUGAACAGGGGCCUCCUCGUCUUUCGGAGCGAACCUAGCAAGGAAGAGCUGGUGAAGACCGCCAAAGGCAUCUGUGCUGACCAACCUCACCUUGAAAGAAUCGAGCAUUUGUUCUCCAUUCUGGCAAACUUCUACUGCAACGUGCUGAAAACGCAGGAAACGGAGUUCUUUGGGCUUCGCGACUUCUACAGCUUAAUCAAAAUGAUUGUGUCCUACACACAGGACAGGAAGCGCAGUUCUCAAGAGGAGCUCCUCGUAAAGGCAAUUCAGAGAAACUUUGGAGGCUCCAGAGAUAUCCGACCUCUGGAAAUCUUCCGUAACUGCACCACGGAGGUACGUCUUAGCUAUGACACGAAAACCAGCUGCAUCCGUCUGCUGCGGGAAAACAUGGACAAACAGCAACCGGGAUUCAUGUCUCGUUACCUCCUAUUGCUGACGACCAACAACGCCGCCUUUCAGAUCAUCCAGAUGACACGGCUUAUAGACCCCGGCAACUGUGACAUUAUAUUUGGCUCUGGUUUCCCACGGGACCAGGAUUAUUCCCAGGUGUGCCGCUCUGUGAACAGGGUGAAAAUUUGCAUGGAGAUAGGCAGGCCCGUUGUCCUCCUCAACAUACAGAACCUUUACGAGAGCCUUUACGAUGCCCUCAAUCAAUGCUUCGUCACCCUGGGAGGCAAUUACUACGUGGACCUGGGCCUCGGCACUCAUAGGGUGAAGAGCCGCGUGAAGGAGGAAUUCCGGCUGAUUGUGAUAGAGGAGAAGGAAGUGGUCUACAAGCAGUUCCCCACCCCUCUGCUGAGCCGUCUGGAGAAGCAUUGCUUGGACAUGAACACCAUCCUCCAUGGGGAAGGGCAAGACCUGAAGCAGGACCUGGAGAGAUGGGCCAGUCAGUUUGUCUGCAUUGAGAACCCUGAUUUAUUCGGGGUCUGGUCCCACGCGCUCGCUCCCAAGGAACACGACGUCUUCAUCGGCUUCAGUGAUGACAUGGCUGCCGCCAUCGUGCUGGAGAGCUCCCAGCACCUCCACUGUGGAGGCUACGAAUGCUACGGAGAGCAGGUCCUCUCCACUGCCAUAGGCAAACUGGUGGAGUGUGCCACUCCUGACUCCAUCCUGCGCCUUAAAUACUCUGCUCUGAAGGACGCUGAGCAGAUCCAGGACCUGUAUUUCAUCAAGCAGAAGCACAACAGCUUGGCCAGCCUCUUGUGUGAGUUGAUGAACCAGCAGAAGAAGAAAGGGAGCACCACCGGGCUGUGCCUGCAGGUUUCUACCCAUGCCAGGCUGCUAAACCUGAAGGAUUUGGAAGUGCUGAGGACGGCGCUCAAUCUCCCAAUCCACUGCCUCUUCCUAAGCCAGUUUGACACCGAACACGCUUUCCGCCAGGACCUCAGGUACUGCAUCACAGACGAGCGCAGGAGGUCGGCCAGCCCCCAUCUGUUGCACGUUGUGCUGAUCACGAAAGUCCCACGGGUCCUGGGAGGGUGCAGCUACCUGGCUUUUGACAGCGGCCAGUGGAAGUCCACCCACUUGGAUGACUUGAUGCCCCCAGAGAACUUUAAAGCCAAUCUCAGCCAGCUCUCCAAAAUGAGCAUUGCCGAGAUUUUCGCCAGCAGCUCCCUGCAGCAUCUCCCAACAGAUGCAAUGAUCAAAGGGAGCAUCCAGAAGGCCGUGGUCCAGCUGGAGGACAAGAAGGACAACAGCCAACGUCCAACGGAGAGAAUCAAGAUCCUUCACAACUUGCUUUUCCACUCUCAGAGUAGCGUUUCCAGCCACUUUAUGACCAUCCUGAAGAAGAGAAUUUGUUGCCUCCUACAAGAACGAGAGAAACCGAUCCAAGAACCAAGGGGAUGGAUUUUCCGCAGGGCGCUCGCUACCGAAUUCAUCCUGGAAGACAGAUCGUUCAGGCAAGCGCUCUGGAUGCACCUGGAAGAUAUUGUGGCCAACAUCUUUGCCCAAAUUCUCGCUGUGGUGGAUGCCAACAACAACCUGGAUCACAUCUCUCAAGGCUCUCCACUCGCAGAAGUGUGGCUCCAGAUGUUCCAAGAAGAAACAUUCCUAAAAAUUAAAUACACCAGGAAGGCGGCGGAUGCUAAGAUUUCCGUGUUAUCAAUGACCGAAGACCCCAACAUCUCCCUCUUCUGCCAGUUCCCAUUCAGUUGGGUUUUGAAAGCCUACCUGGAUGGCAUAUGGGAGAAGGUCUAUCACAUGAAAGAUCAGCCCAAGAAGCCGACGGAGGAAGUGGCCAGAUUCUACCCAACCUUCGUCAAGAACAUCUUGAUGCCAGAUGGCAGCAAUCUGGACAUGCUACGCUGUUACGCCAACGACUUCCUCAGGAUGGCUUUUCCUGGACAAGAUUUCUCCGUCUAUGAGAUUCUCUCAAAAGUUUUCCUAGCCAGCGCAAAACAACUCUGCUCCUCUGUGGGCAGAGGGGAGAUGAGCUUUUCCCCAAUUUGGCUUCACAUGGAAUAUUUCUACCUCCAAGACGAUUAUCAGCUCUUCGUUGACAUAGCAAAAAGCAAUGACACUGUCAUAAGCGAGCUGCAGGCAGUGUAUGAGAAGAACCCCCCAGAAAUGUUUGUCACUCUUGAUGCCUUGAACAUUCUCCUGAAGAAAGUGCAGCCCUGCGAAAAUGGACUUUUGCCCUUUGAUGCCUGCAUAGCGUGGCUGAAAAGCGUCAAGUCCAUUAAGCCCUGGGUGGAGUGGAUCAGUCUGGACAACUACCAGCUUCAGUUCUACCCGAAGAAGAAGAAACUCCUGGAGAGUGUGUUACAUCGCUGGACCUGCACCAACAUUGUCUACAUGUUGAUUGACCACCUGCUGCACAAUGAGACACAAAUAGAGGAGAAACUCCUGAGGCUUGUGGUGAAGCAGUUCAUCUUCCUCUGGAACCGCCUCUAUGCAGCCCCAGGAUUUGAGCUGGAGAAGACUUUUGAUUUGGUGACGAAAGUGCUGAAGAAAUGCAACGAGAACGCCGAUGUGGUGUAUCUGGUGAAGGGUGUGAAGGAAUGCAAGAGCUGCCUGCGGGAGAUCACCGACCCAGCGGAGCUGCCCUGCAGCCACAUCUUCUGCACUCGCUGCAUCCUGGAGUGGUCGAACAAGCAGUGUAAGAUCUGCAAGGAGGAAUUCCCGGAGGAUUACACACCCACGGCUUCGGAGGCCACGAGGGAAGCUGUUGCCUGUCACAACAAAUUCAGGAGGAAAUGCAAUUCCUUCUUCGUUGAGUUCAUCACCAUGUACUUUUUGGGAGACAGGGAGGCACCAUCUGCCGAAAUCAUUCAGCGAUUGAUAAAGUUUGUGGCUUGCAAGCCCAACCCUGAGCAUCAGGCAGGGAAAAGGGUGUACAAGCCGAAAAGUGAGUUGUCGCCCUUUGAAGAGUGCAUGGACACCAGUCCUACCAUCCAGUCCUCCCUCCUGAAGCUGCUGCUGCGAUGCGGGUUCAACAACGUCAAAGUUCACUUGGAAGAAUACCUGUCCCAGAUGGAGGAAAAGAUAAUAUCCAACCAAAGUAACAUGGACCAUUUCUACUUCAUGGUGGUGCACUGUCUGGAGGAUUUUAUGUAUCCUCCUGAAGAAGACAUCAGCCAGCUUGCUGAAAACUGCCUCUCCACCGCAGACCUGUCUGCUUUCUGCGAGCCCGAGGUCUCAAGAAUUGACACCCUCCAGUUUAUCGCCCAGCUCCGGCUCUCCAUCAGCCACGUGGCCACCGUGCUCGGCAGACGGAUGCUUUCCGGUGCCGAUCGCCAGCCACCUGCUGCCACGGGGGAUGAGAAAGAGCAAGACCUGGUGAACGCAAUGAAGAUGCUGGUUGCAAAGGCUCCGACUCCGUGGCCUCAGGUGUUCCUCAUCAGAAAUCUCUGUGACAUCUAUGGGCUCACCUCUAUGUGGAAGUUCCUCCAAGUGGAGAAGUGGAUUUUACCCCGAGGUGUAGAAAUUUCGCAGGAUAGAAGCGCCUGGUCGAAUACAACGCUCAUGUUUUCGGUGCUGGACAAAGCACAAGAACAGCUAAAAAACAAAGAUUCCGCAGAAAACCAGAGCUUGAUUUCUAUCAUGAAACAAAUGUGGAACAUCCUCCGGUUGCCAUCCACCCCAGAUGAGCUGCUGGAAGACAAACUGAAGAAGAUCAUGGAUGCUUUGGGUAAAGGUGAAGACCCAGGCUUGCUGGAGGUGGUCUUUCACACUGGGCUUACUCUGGCCUUGUUCCCAAGCCACAUCACUCACCUUCUCAAGAACAUCUGCUUCAACCCUGGCUUGGUGAAGGGGUCCUACCUUCCCACCAUGCCUGGAGACCUGCUUUUUGAUGAGAAGAACUGGAAAAUGGGUAAAACGGAGAAGAUUUGGACUUGUUCCCAGUGUGGCAUGUUCUGGACUGUCACCAACUGUGGGCUUCCCAUGGAAGUGAAGACAUGCGUGUGUGGUGCCGCCGUCGGGGGAACUGACCACAAAGCAGAGACGGGCUUCAUGCAUAAGGAGAUAACCACGGGCAUGGGGAAAAAUGCCGUGGUUGGCCAAAGCAAAGGUCUCUGUGUCCUGUGA